GCUGUGACCCGGGACUGUGUGGCUCCUGCCCACCUGAUUGGACCCCUUAUGACCAGCAAUGCUACCUGUUCACAAGACACGAGACCACCUGGAAUAAUGCCGAGGAGGCCUGCAGCCUGUAUGAUGCACACCUGACCUCCAUUCAGGGACCGGAUCAGUACGCCUUCCUGAGGAGACUCAUUGUUGAAACCACAGGAACCAACACCACAACCUGGGUCGGAGGUACCAACUUACAUGAUCACGGUGAGUGGUCGUGGGUCGAUGGUACCCCCUUCACCUUCACUAACUGGGGUCCAGGAGAACCAAACAAUGCAGGUGGAAAUGAGCACUGCAUGGAUAUCAACCUGAGAGGUACAAAGACAACGUCUCUUUAAACAGACUGAGUUACAUUUAUGAGUCUUUUUAACUGAAACCAUACAUUAGAGGUUUUACCUGCUCAGUCUUCACACACAGGA